AUGGGUGUACCAAAGUUCUUUCGCUACAUCAGCGAACGUUAUCCGUGCUUGAGCGAGUUGCUACGGGAGAACCAGGUGCCCGAAUUCGACAAUCUGUAUCUCGAUAUGAACGGCAUCAUACACAACUGUUCACAUCCGAACGAUGCGGACGUCACGUACCGGAUAUCGGAGGAGAUGAUUUUCGAGGGCAUUUUCCACUACGUGGAAUAUCUGUUCAAGCUGAUACGCCCGCAGAAAGUGUUUUUCAUCGCGGUCGAUGGUGUGGCUCCGCGGGCCAAAAUGAACCAGCAGCGCGGUCGCCGCUUCCGUUCGGCGUUCGAGGCGCAGGAGCAGCUCAAGGCAGCGAUCGCGAAGGGUGAAAAGAUCCCGGAAGAGGAACGAUUCGACUCCAACUGCAUCACACCCGGGACGGCGUUCAUGGUGCGCCUGCAGAAGGCGCUCGAACACUUCAUCCAGGUUAAGAUCGCGACGGACGUGACGUGGAAGGGUUGUAAUGUGAUUCUGAGCGGUCACGAGACACCCGGCGAAGGAGAACACAAAAUCAUGGAGUACAUCCGACACGCCAAAGCUCAGCCGGGCUUUUGCGCGAACACGCGCCACUGUCUGUACGGGCUGGACGCCGAUCUGAUCAUGCUGGGGCUUUGCACACACGAGCGCUUCUUUUCGCUGCUCCGGGAGGAGGUGAAGUUCGGCAAGAAUGAUAAGAAAACGACCAUACUGAAGGACAUCCGCUUCUAUCUACUACACCUCACGCUGAUGUCCGAGUACCUUGAGCUCGAGUUCGCGAGCGUGCGGGACAAAUUAUCGUUCACGUUCGACAUCCACAAGCUGAUCGACGACUGGGUGCUACUCGGGUACCUUGUGGGCAACGAUUUCAUCCCGCACCUGCCGCAUCUGCACAUUAACGAAAACGCUCUGCCGACACUGUAUCGAGCGUACAUGGACGUGCUGCCCAAGAUGGACGGGUACAUCAACGAGGGCGGCAUACUUAACUUGCCCCGGUUGCAGCUUCUGAUGAGGCGGUUGGCCGCCUUCGACCGCGAAGUGUUUCUCGAUCGUUACACCGAUCUCAAGUACUUGGAGGGAAAGUCCGGCACCAACAAUUUGGAAGCAUUCGAUGUAACGGCAGAAGAGAUUAUUGGUUCGAGCGGUGCAGAUAAAGACCUAAUAGCGCUGAUAAUGUCGUCCGAGAUGCUCGGCUCCGAGGACGAGGACGAUGACGCACCGCUGGUAACCGUGGACGACAUUGAAAACGAUCCGGAGCUGUUCGAAAAAGAGUUUCAAAGUUAUAAGCGUAAUUAUUACAUGACGAAGAUGGGAUAUGCUGAUUUUAACGAGGACGUUCGAGCGGAACAAGCGGAAUGCUACAUCCGGGCGCUACAGUGGACGCUCCACUAUUACUAUCGUGGUGUGGUGUCCUGGUCCUGGUACUACCCGCACCACUACGCACCGUUCAUUAGUGAUGUGGACAACUUUGCACACCUUAAGCUAGAGUACGAGCUGGCGAUUCCAUUCCUGCCCUUCCAGCAGUUGCUGAGUGUGCUACCAGCAGCUAGCAGGAGUCACCUGCCCGUUGCCUACCAUCAGCUAAUGACCGACCCGAACAGUCCGGUGUACGACUUCUAUCCACCCGAGUUUAGCACCGAUAUGAACGGUAAACAGCAGUCCUGGGAGGCGGUCGUGCUCAUACCAUUCAUCGACGAGAAGCGACUACUGGCGGCAAUGGACCCGUGCGACGCGUUCUUGACCGACGAAGAGAAGCAACGCAACGUGCACGGACCGAUGGUGGCGUAUCUGUACGAUGCCAGACAGCAUGAUACCCUCGAGGCCAAGUACGGGUUUCCACGUAUUGACGCGCUGCCGGUGCAGCGGAGCGACAUUUACCGUGACGAUCUACGGGUGGCGGAAAACCGACUGGUGCUCGGACCUUCGUCCGGUGCAAUCCUCGAUGGUUAUGCCAAAGGAUUUCCUACCUUCAAGCAUCUGCCGCAUUACGGCAAACUGAAGGAACUGCACGUAAAGAUUUUCAAUUUCGCAAGCAAGAACGAAAGCAUGGUCGUCUGCUUGGACAGCUCGGCUGUCCAGCUACCGGAUACGGUGGAACUGGCGAAGCAGCUGCUGAACCAAGUAGUUUACGUAAGCUGGCCCCAUCUGAUGGAGGCGAAGGUUGUUCGCGUUUCGGAUAAAUCGUACACGUAUGAACCGGACAGCGAGCCGAUCAAGACGGCUGAAGGAAUGUUUGGCAUGUGGUGCAAAUCGAUCACGGAGCACAACGACAAUCGGCUUGCGCUGAACGUGGGACCGAUCAAACAGCUGGUGCACGUCAAAACGUGUGUCGGGACCGAGUACGUACUGAAAGACGCCAAUCGCUUCGUGCUGAACCGACUGUGGAAUCCCAUCGACGUCGCGUUCCCCGCGCAGUGCAUCGUGCGUCACGUGAACGAUGUGAUGCAAAAGCAGAAACCGUUCCUCGAUACCGUCGAUAUGUUUCCGCUUAAAAGCACCAUCUUCCUGCGCGCCACCGAGAGCUACGGUAGCAUGGGUGAGGUGGCCGACAUUUCCGGCAGCAACGGUUACAUCAAGGGCCACUUUCUGGUGCACGAUGAGCCCGAUUUGCGUUCCGUGUUUCAGAUGCACAAACAGUCGCUACAAAGCUAUCGCACGGUCAACGACACCGCCGCCAUGCUGGGCAUAUCGAUUGGCGUACUGCUGCAGCUGGUUGGCUCCAUUCCGGUGGCGCACGGUGGUCACCGGUCACUGAACGUGGAUGACGAGAAAACGGUUAACAUCGGUUUAAGACUACGAAUGAUGUCAAAAGACGAGGCCGCGGUCGGCUUUUGUCGGCGGGCGAACAAAAUGUGGCUGUUCUCUGACCGAACCAUUAACCUUCUGCAGAGCUACGAUGCCCAGUUUCCGGAGCUAUUUGAAAAGCUAGAGUUUGCCGGUCGUACCAAGGUGCACUUCGAGACCGACCUGUUUGGGGAGGGCAACGAGGGAAAGUUGAAGCAGGUUGAGGAGUGGUUGAAAGCGCAGGACCACAUGAACGCCGAGCGUCGCAGCUGUGGAAUCGAUCUGGUGGAACCGAAGGCCAUCGAGCGGUUGGUGCAGCUUAUCGAUGGGUACGGCGUGAAGGAGAAGAACCAAAAAGUUCGCACAAUGCUGGUACACCCGAAGGAUCUGCUGCGGCCCGGUAUGCGGAAGGCGAAAACGCUCGAUCCGAAUGCCGUCUUCGAGCUACUGGAUCGGGUGGUGGUCGUGCAGAACACGGAAGACGUACCGCUCGGUCAGCGGGGUAGCAUCAUCGGCAUUCACCGAGUGUCCGAUCCGAAUCCGGUGCGCCGGGAAGCCAUCGGCCAGCUGGAUACGUGGUUUGAGGUUCUUUUCGAUCAUCCGUUCCCUAAAGGGGUGAACGUGUACAAUUUGGCAGGCACUGAAAGGCGGGUGCAGCGGUUAGCACAGGGGGCUGUACUGAACAUUUCCUACGGUCGUGCCUCGAACAGGAACCGGAAGAAGUUGCAAGUCGAAGCCAUCGCCGCCGCCGCCGCCUCCAUCACUGUACCAAUGCCCAUGUGGGAACAGAAAACGAUCGCGACCACUGAAUCAAUCCAGCAGCGUGUCAGCGAACGCAUUGGCAAGCGAAAUGGGGAAAACAAGGGGAUCACCACCAGAAACGAACCGCCGGCGUUCAAUAGCGCGCAACCACCAACGUCGGAGGAACACCAGCUCCGAAAGAAUGAAUUCGAGCGAUUCUGGAAUAAACUCAAGGAUGCGUCUAGCAACAGCGCGUUCGAUGAGAGCGACAUAAGGACCAUUGCCAAAGUAAUUUCGCAACCAACCGCUGCCGACGGUAACGCUAAGUCUCCGAAGGCGCAGCCCGAGAACUGGAGCGGGGACAGCAUGACGGGAAUGCUAAAAAAGAUGCUGCGCAUUCCCGACGGAUCGAGCACCAAUGCCAGCGGUGAUUCGAAGCUUCAGCUGCCGGCUCCUACCAGUCUCCCAAAGCCACCGAUUCAGUGGCAGAAAGCGGACACUAGCCGCGGUGCAUCCGUGCCGGGAAACAGUAAUCCCCGCCACACGCCCAGAAAUGCGUCGUCCGCCGGCAGUGGCUUUAACGGUCCACGGCCGAACAGUGUGCCCGACGUAAAGAUGCUGCCGUUCCCGUAUGGCAAUGCUGGACCGGUGCACCAGGGACACCAGCAGCGUAACCCAUUCUUCAUCCGUCCUCCAGCCCCAAUGCAAAUCCGGCCACCAGUUUUCCCUGGCUUCGUGCAGCAACAGCAGUACUACGGACCACUGCCGAUGCAAAAGCAACCGUUUUUCAUGUCACACAGGCCGGAUGAUGUGUCCGCCUUCGUCGGAGGAGCCGGUCGCCCGCACUAUGCACCGGCCCAGGUACCCAUAUGGCAGCAAAUACCACCACCCCCGUUGGCACCGUAUGCCGCUGUCGAAAGUGGACCAUCGACCGCCGGCACGUUGCCAGCUCCGAACCCGCCGCUCACCAGCAGGGGGCCUAUCGGUCCGCAAAAUCUUAGCUACAACCGUAACAACCCGGCCGGCAAUGGAGCAUUCGUGCCGCUUCAGGCAAUGAAGAAGAAUGCCAAAAGUCGAACCACGACCGUAAAUACAAAUAGUACUGUAGCAAACUCGACCAGCAGUACCACCGCGGACACGACGAACCCUUCGGAGCCGACAACGGUGGCAGAAUCGGAAACGGGGCGAAGACGAGUAGGUGAUAAACGCACCAAUGGGUUGGUUCAUGUCGCUGUGGAGCACGUUUUGGGCGAGCUGGACUCGGACGAGCGGGACUCGGCAGAUCUCGAUUCGGACGAGCUACAUUCGAACGAGCUGAGUUCGGAAGAGCUUGGCUUGGACGAGAGUACGGACGAUGUGGAUUCGGACGAGUUGGACCAACCGGACUGGUUUGAGAAGGGUGCGAUUAAAGAGACCAGUGCACGCCGUAGAAAGGUGGUCAGAAAGACAAAGCAGAAAGUUGACCAAAAAUUCAUCACGGUUGUGGUGGAAGGUGCACAAAACCCCGUCAAAAACCCGGUUGUUGUCGAUUCCGAGGAGAUGUCGAAAGUGCCAUUGGCAGAAAACCAGCCGAAAGACGAAAAACAAAAGAAAGACGUUCCGAAAGAGGCAGUUACGCAGGGGAAGGUUGCUGCACCCCAAGACGCUGUGGAUAAAAAGAGCGAUGCCACGCCGCCAAGAAACAAGAAGCGUAUCGCAGCACGGUUUGGUUCGGCGCUCCCAGGUGUUUAGGAGCUCCGCCUCAGUACGAAGACCUUUAUGAAUUGGAGAAGCGAAUUACGAGUAUGAGUUGGAUGGUACAACAGAUUAACUGUGCGAU